AAAAAAAAAACAACUUCUGAGAAGUUUUAAGACUUAAGAAACGACAAGGAGAGAGGAUUCAUUGUGAUCUUUAUAGAUUUAUUAGAGACGUAAAGAAAAAUCUCAAACACUUACCACAAAGAUGGCGGUGUUUGGUAUGGUUUCGGCCGUAUCCGGCUUUAUAAAGAUACGAUAUUUAUUGGACAAAGCCGUAAUAGAUAAUAUGGUAUUUCGUUGCCAUUAUAGAAUAACAACAGCCAUAUUGUUUGUUUGCUGUAUUAUAGUAACAGCCAACAAUUUAAUUGGUGAUCCAAUUUCAUGCAUUAACGAUGGCUCCAUACCCAUGCAUGUUAUCAAUACAUUCUGCUGGAUUACAUACACUUUCACCAUACCGGGACAACAGCACAGGCAAAUUGGCACUGAUGUGGCCAGUCAUGGUUUGGGCAAUGAGUUUGGUCAAGAGAAAAGAUAUCACAGCUAUUAUCAGUGGGUGCCAUUUGUGCUAUUUUUCCAGGGUCUUAUGUUUUAUAUACCCCAUUGGAUUUGGAAAAAUCUUGAGGAUGGCAAAAUGCGCAUGAUUACCGAUGGUCUGCGUGGCAUGGUUACUAUUCCAGAAGACUAUCGCAAAGAUCGUCAACAUCGCAUUAUUAAAUAUUUGAUUGAUAGCUUGAACUCACAUGCCGGUUAUUCGUUUGCCUAUUUCUUGUGCGAGGCUUUGAAUUUUGUCAAUGUUAUUCUAAAUAUUUUCUUGGUGGAUAAAUUUUUGGGUGGUGCUUUCAUGACCUAUGGCACGGAUGUCAUUAAAUUCUCCAAUAUGGAUCAAGAGAAACGUUACGAUCCCAUGAUUGAGAUAUUCCCUAGAUUGACGAAAUGCACCUUCCAUAAGUUUGGUCCUGGUGGUUCUCCACAGAGACACGACACUUUGUGCGUGUUGGCUUUGAAUAUUUUGAAUGAGAAAAUUUACAUAUUCUUGUGGUUCUGGUUUAUCAUUUUGUCUGUAAUUUCCGGUGUUGCUUUGAUUUACUCCUUCAUGAUGGUUACCAUGCCUACAACACGCGAAACAAUCAUCAAGCGUGCCUAUCGCUCCGGAAGAAAUAAGGAAAUUGCCAGCUUGAUCAGACGUUUGGAUAUUGGAGACUUUUUGCUUUUGCAUUUCUUGGGACAGAAUGUCAAUACAAAAUCCUACAAUGAAAUGAUACAGGAAUUAUGCAAUCUCUUGGGUAGCUCAAGGACACCAUCGGCUCCUUCCACAUUGGAAAUGAAUCCCAUGAAUCCUAUAUAUCCCCAGGUGGUAGACACAUUUGGUAAAGAAGCCUUUGGCAAAGAAACCGAAACAUAAAUACAUACAUAUGGAUUUUCAAUAAUUUGUCAACGUAUUAAACAAAUUAUUUUAAAUAUACAACAACCACAACAACAAAAAAACACAAUGCAAUCUUUGAAAAAAAGACAGAGAGUUAGAGAGAGUGGAAGAACGAUAGAUGCAACAAAUGAUUUCUCAUUUAUUUUAAACCUAAUUUUACGGCAGAAAAAUUUUAAAACAAAUUAAAAAAUUAUAUAUAUUUUAAUAAAUUUUUUAUUGUAUAAUUAUAUGUGUACUAUUACAAUAAUGUUUUGUCCAGCAAAUGUUUUGUGUCAAAAUUUUUUUUAAAAACAUCUAAAUUUAUAUAUUUCAAUGUUAAAAUUUUAAAUUUGUUUAAGUGUAUAAUCCGUGCAAUUUUGUUUGUAUAAAACCCUUAAUGAGUGACAAAACAAUAUUUUAAUAAUAACUAAAUUAUUAAUAAAACUUGACCACCAUCAACAAUAUUUAAAAUAGAUUUUUUAUAAUUAUUACAAAACCGCCAUCACUAUGAUUAAGUUUUCUUAUAUAUUUUUUUUUCGAAAUAAAUCAAGUAAUUUUUUUUUUUGCAAAUACAUAAUAUUAAAAUAUAUAUAACAAAUAUAUAUAUAUUUUUUAAUAAAUUUUCAAUUUACUAUAAUUUUUUAAGCAUAUAAAGUAUAUGAUUAUAUACCUAAACAUAAAUACAUAUAUAUAUAAAAAAUUAUUAAAUUAUAAAUUUAUAUAAAAAAAUCAACUAUAAAAAAGACAAAUUUUCCAUGUUCUAAAUGUUAGUUAAGUAAUAAUUUUCUUUUUUUUAUAAAAUUUUAGAAAUUUGUUUAUAAACAAAAAGUAUUGUGAUUAUAAAAGAAAACAAGCUACAUUUUUAUGCUCCUUAAAUAAAUAUUUUACUAUAAUAAAAUUAAAACAAAUAA